AGUGGCCGACCUGAAGCUCUGGCGGCUCAGUCCGUCGGCCCGUCGGUCCGCUCGUCCGCUGCCGGUGCCGAGCGCGCCUAGGCCGUCGUCGCUGUCCCUCCGUGUCUCCGGCCCGAAGCGGCGGCCGGGCGCUCACCAUGUCGUCGUUCAUCUGGGUGCAGCUGAAGAAGACGUCGGAGGUGGACCUGGCCAAGCCGCUGGUGAAGUUCAUCCAGCAGACGUACCCGAGCGGCGGCGACGAGCAGGCCCAGUACUGCCGUGCGGCCGAGGAGCUCAGCAAGCUGCGGCGCACGGCGCUCGGCCGCCCGCUCGACAAGCACGAGGGCUCGCUGGAGACGCUGCUGAGAUAUUAUGAUCAGAUUUGUUCCAUUGAACCCAAGUUCCCAUUUUCUGAAAAUCAGAUCUGCUUGACAUUUACGUGGAAGGAUGCGUUUGAUAAAGGUUCCCUGUUUGGAGGAUCUGUAAAAUUGGCUCUUGCAAGCUUAGGAUAUGAAAAGAGCUGUGUGUUGUUCAAUUGUGCUGCCUUAGCUAGCCAGAUUGCACAAGAGCAGAACCUGGAUAAUGAUGAAGGAUUGAAAACCGCUGCUAAGCAGUACCAGUUUGCUAGUGGUGCCUUUUUACAUAUUAAAGACACAGUUUUAUCUGCCUUAAGUCGAGAACCUACUGUGGACAUAUCUCCAGAUACUGUUGGGACCCUCAGUCUUAUUAUGCUGGCCCAAGCUCAAGAAGUAUUUUUCUUAAAAGCCACACGAGAUAAAAUGAAAGAUGCCAUCAUAGCUAAGCUGGCAAACCAGGCUGCGGAUUACUUUGGUGAUGCCUUUAAACAGUGUCAGUACAAAGACACUCUCCCCAAGUAUUUUUAUUUCCAGGAGGUAUUUCCCACCCUGGCUGCCAAGCAGUGUAUUAUGCAGGCCAAUGCUGAGUACCACCAGUCCAUCCUGGCCAAGCAGCAGAAGAAGUUUGGGGAAGAGAUUGCAAGGUUGCAGCAUGCAGCAGAACUGAUUAAGAAUGUGGCCUCUCGCUAUGAUGAAUAUGUCAAUGUGAAGGAUUUUUCUGACAAAAUCAGCCGUGCCCUUACUGCAGCAAAGAAGGAUAAUGAUUUCAUUUAUCAUGACCGCGUUCCAGACCUUAAAGAUCUGGAUCCUAUCGGCAAAGCCACCCUUGUGAAACCCACCCCAGUCAAUGUACCCAUCAGCCAGAAGUUCACGGAUUUGUUUGAGAAGAUGGUUCCUGUGUCUGUGCAGCAGUCCCUGGCUGUGUUUGGUCAGAGGAAAGCUGACUUGGUUAACAGAUCCAUUGCUCAAAUGAGAGAAGCCACUACUUUGGCAAAUGGGGUAUUGGCUUCCCUCAAUCUUCCAGCAGCAAUUGAAGAUGUGUCUGGAGACACUGUACCUCAGUCGAUACUUACCAAGUCUGCAUCUGUAGUUGAACAGGGUGGCAUCCAGACUGUCGACCAGCUGAUAAAAGAAUUACCCGAGUUACUACAAAGAAAUAGAGAAAUCUUAGAGGAGUCUCUAAGAUUGCUGGAUGAAGAAGAAGCAACUGAUAACGACUUAAGAGCAAAAUUCAAGGAACGCUGGCAAAGGACUGCAUCCAAUGACCUCUACAAGCCUUUACGAGCAGAGGGAUCCAAAUUCAGAGCGGUCUUAGAUAAAGCUGUGCAAGCUGACGGAAACGUAAAAGAGCGUUACCAAUCCCAUCGCGACACCAUCGCCCUUCUGUGUAAGCCGGAACCGGAGCUGAAUGCUGCCAUCCCUUCUGCUAAUCCAGCAAAGACCAUGCAGGGCAGCGAGGUUGUAAAUGUGUUAAAAUCCUUAUUGUCAAAUCUUGAUGAACUAAAGAAGGAAAGAGAGGGUCUUGAGAAUGACCUGAAGUCAGUGAAUUUUGACAUGACAAGCAAGUUUUUGACAGCCCUGGCUCAGGAUGGCGUGAUAAACGAGGAGGCUCUUUCUGUCACUGAGCUGGAUCGGAUCUAUGGUGGUUUAACAGCUAAAGUCCAAGAGUCUCUGAAGAAACAGGAGGGACUUCUAAAAAAUAUCCAGGUCUCACACCAAGAAUUUUCUAAAAUGAAGCAGUCUAACAAUGAAGCUAACUUGAGAGAAGAAGUUCUGAAGAACUUGGCAACUGCAUAUGACAAUUUUGUUGAACUUGUAGCUAACUUGAAGGAGGGCACGAAGUUUUACAACGAGCUGACUGAAAUCUUGGUCAGGUUCCAGACCAAAUGCAGUGACAUAGUGUUUGCACGGAAGACAGAGAGAGACGAGCUCUUGAAGGAUCUGCAGCAGAGCAUUGCCAGAGAGCCCAGCGCUCCUUCCAUCCCUCCUCCGGCAUAUCAGUCCUCCCCUGCUGGGGGACACGCCACAGCGCCUCCAACUCCAGCUCCAAGAACCAUGCCGCCUGCGAAGCCUCAGCCUCCAGCCCGGCCUCCACCUCCUGUGCUUCCCGCAAACCGAAUCUCCCCUGCUGCUGCUGCUCCUCCCACAGGGGCAGGGGCUUCUUCACCAGCACCACCACAGACCCCUGGGUCUGCUCCUCCUCCACAGGCUCAGGGACCACCGUAUCCUACGUAUCCAGGAUAUCCUGGGUAUUGCCAAAUGCCCAUGCCCCUGGGCUACAACCCCUACGCAUAUGGCCAGUACAACAUGCCGUAUACACCGGUGUACCACCAGAACCCCGGACAGGCUCCAUACCCAGGACCCCAGCAGCCUACCUACCCCUUCCCUCAGCCCCCGCAACAGUCUUACUAUCCACAGCAGUAAUGCUGCCACAUGCCGGCGGGUUCAGAUCAGAGGGACAGGACAGCAGCUGCCGUCAGUGUUCUAAGCCAUGUUCUGGCCACUCAAGCGUACUUUGCUCUACCAAUUGCCGUGGAUAAUUUCUGUCUGUGGCUAAAAGCUGAAGUCUGGGCCCCACUUCCACAUUUGAUCGCACUCGUGAGAUUGAGAUUUUGCUGCUGUUGCAGUAUAAACACUAGGUAUAAUAGCAUUUGAAAAAAGUUACAGUUCAUAAAACAUUGCAAAUGAGAAAUUAAACCUGCAAGUGAAACAUUUGAAAUUAGUGUACUUUAUAAGAUGCGGUUGGAACAAAGAUGGCUUAAGUACUGAUAUUCAAGAAAAAGUUUUAUUUCUCUUUUGGUUUAUUGAUUUAGUUUAAUUUCUAUUAUGAUAUUUUGCAUAAUCAAGGCAUUGUAAAUCUUAUAAUUUAAAAAUAAAUUACUUAAGAACAGUUGUCAUUGUUAUGUUUUGUCAUUGCUGUCUGUUCCUUUCUGGUAUUAGCCUCUCAUUGUGUAUGUUCGCAGGUUAAAUGUACUGUGUUGAAAUGCAUGACCAGCGCCAGUUAGCGGUCAGGUUUAAGGUUGCAAUAUGAAAGCGCAGUGUUUAGCUCUACAGCUUAUCUUUCAUAUGCCGAAUAGUAAGUUCAUUUUCAAAAUUCCUAUAAUGUGGGAGACACACAGUUGUUACCAAAGAUUCUAAAAAUAAAUACAAAAUUAAAAAGUGUAUAUAUACAUAAUGUUUCAUUGUUAGAUUUUUUUCCAAGAAGGUGGUGCAAAUUCUGGUAGUAAUUCAUUUCCCCCACCCAUUGACAGUGUUGUCUGAUGUGGUAGAAAGUUCCCUGUGCCUUUCUUGUCCUUGGUGUCACCCGUUCUUACCUGUAAUGUGUAAUAUGCAGUGUCUUUGAACGGAUCUUAACCCUUCCUUUUAAAAUUUCUUUUUCUUCUUCUUUUUUAUUUUUUUAAAGUUUGUGGCUCCCGAAAGCUGAGGUUAUUUUGUAAUUCAGGGAGCAAUUCAAUAGCACAGUUUUUGGGGACGUAUGCUGAAUCUGGAAUAGGAUGGGACCUUAUGAGUCUGCUCUGACAAUACUUAGUUGCUGUGCAGGCCUCAUUGGCAGUGAGGAGAUGCAUCCUGGACAGGAAGCCGUGCAGGCAGGAUCUCAGGGGCUCAUGGGCUCUGAUGAGCAGACUUCUAAUCUGUGCUUGGUUUCUGAGUCUAACCUGACCUUUUCUUGCAUUAUCAUCUCAUCUGAAUGAUACUGUCACAGCCCACUGUUGGUUUCAUUGACUAUUUGGGCGGAUAUUUAAAUGUAAGACUGAAGAUACAAUUGUAAAAGGGAGUAAAUUGGUUUAAACAAAUGUGUAUUUUAAAUCACCUACUUUGUUGUAUGCAGAAAACACAAAGAUGUGCAACUUCACUACAAAUGACUGACUACCUGGAGUAUGGACAUUGGCUUAAAGUCCAACAGCUUAGCCUUGACAGAACUAACGGUUAAACAUCCCAUUGCUCAGCUUCAAUGUUUUGGAUUACUCAGCAUUUGAGAUGGGUUUAUUUGAGUCCUCUGUAAAUGGCAUUUAAGUUUUAUAUUCUCCCCACUUGAGUAUCUUAUAGUGAUAUAAGACAUCCCCUGAGUUAGGGAGUUUCCAGAUUGCUAACCUAUACUCCUUACCAAUGCGAAACAGCCUCCAACCAACCAACCAACCAAACAAACAAACAAAAUGGCCUGAAUAUUCUCUUGGGGAAUGGGGGUGGAGGACUAAAGGAAAGGGUGAAUGUAUCAGAGAACCAAAGGGGGAGGGGUCAGGCCAGCAGCCAUUCCUCACUGCACUGGGCCUGCAGGGUCACAGAGGAAGGUCAGCAUAGAGGGGAAGCCCCCCACUCUAGGGCAGCCCCUCUCAGUGACCUAGCUCAGCUCCUUAGGGAAGCCUCUUGUGUGGCAGUCACCUCUUGCCAAGUCUCUCAUCCUUGAUUUGCUCAGGAUGUUCCUCGAAUCUCUGGGGUUAGGCACCAUUGAUCUUCAGUGCUAGGUUUGCCUCCCUAAGCCUGUCCAGUUCGACAAGGGCUGAUAGCCUCUUUCUGUGCCUACUGUCCUUCCUAGAAGACAAGAUGGCGGCCCUCAUUGGGGUGGAUUGCCAGCGCACUCUAACCCUGUGUCCGGUUUGCUGUGCUCUUGAGAGCGUACUGUAGAAGUUACUGUGCACGGUGCUGUUUCCGUGGAGGUCGAGGGUUCCACUCUGGCUUGAGUGUAUUACUGGUGUUUAUAAUUAGACUUUCUGUUAUCUUCUUAAAUUAAGGUACCCACCCUCAGGCCAUUUAUGUUGCCUUCCUGAGCCUGUUAUGAAAUUAAUUACCUGCCAACUACUGAGGCUUUGCCGAGAAACCAAUAAGAAGCAGGGAAAAGCCAUCUGACUUGGAUUUGCCAUCCUCAGAUGGCUGGAAUGGCUUGACCACUGGACACGGUGUCAGUCUCUGAGCUGGAAAGCCGUUGCUCUGCUCCUUAGUCUUUUCCUUAGUUGAGAAGAACAGUCCCAGGACACUCACUGCGCAGCAACCAGUCUCUGAGACACCCCUGAGUCCACACUCCGACACCCUUGCAGUCAUGCUCCCCAGUAAGUGUGGGGAUCACAGCGGUAUCCCCACCUCUGUCCCAGCCAGCAACCUUUCUAGUCAAAACAGACUGGUGCUUUCUUUUCCAUUGAGCUUACGUUUUGCAAAACAUUCCUUUGUAUACAUUUCCUAAUUUCAUAGACAGGAUAAAAUGGUAAAUGGACCUCAGUUUGCUAAUGGGAAUUUUUAAUCAGUGACUAGGGUCUCUUGCAGCCCCGUGGCAUGUCAUUUCUAAGACUUGUGCAGUUGUUAGUUGACUCAAACUGUAGAGCAGGCACAAGCUGGACCAAUCCUUUGCAAGAAGAGUUAACAUUGCUGGUUUAAAUACAGACUUAGAAUAAAGUGGAAGAGCAAAGAAGGAAAAUUAUAUUUUUAACAAAAGAGAAUAUUCAGGCUUUAUUUCUGGUAUGAAGUUUAUAUUUUUUAAAAAAAUAUAUCCUAUAUUAUCACACCAGAGAUUUUAGAUUCCUUUCUGGUUACAAACAUUGCUGGUAGUUGGAUUAUAUUUUUAUUGUAUUCAUUUCUCUUAGGGGGAAAAUUGUAAAGAAACAAAGAUUCCGGAUGAAUGUAUCCUAGAAAUAAAAGUUGAAAGAUUCUUACUUC